GGUAAAGACGUUCAAGUCCAAUCUAGCAGCAGCUGAAGGAGGACGUGUAACAUGUCCGCUUGCAGAAUGCUACGGUCAGGAUUGGGGUUCCUUCAAUCAUCAUUUCAGAUAACUAAACAGGCAUGUAGAAGUUCACUUGGGAUUGUGGAGCAGGUCCGAGGUUAUUACGUUGACUGGAGAAUGCUGCGAGAUGUGAAAAGAAGACAGAUGGCGUACGAGUAUGCAGACACAAGACUGCGAAUCAAUGCCAUCAGAAAGAACACACUCUUACCUAAAGAGUUACAGGAGGUAGCUGAUAAAGAAAUUACCGCAUUACCCCGAGACAGCUGCCCGGUGCGUAUCCGCAACAGAUGUGUGAUCACAUCACGACCCCGUGGAGUGAAACGCAGGUGGCGUCUGAGCCGCAUCGUCUUCAGACAUCUAGCAGACCACAAUCAGAUGUCAGGCAUACAGAGAGCGAUGUGGUGAAAACCCUAACAAGUCUUUACAACUUACACCUUUAGUACAGAGAAGCCAGAUUUAGAAAUAUUCACAUUUGUAUGUAUUAUGUGCACAUGAACUGUUGUUUUUGAAGUUGAUGUCAUGAAAAGUGUCUUAGUCAUCUGUGAAACACAUAAUAAAGCUUAUUCAUUAUGAUCCCA